GAGAAAGAGAACAAAAUAAAACAAAAAUUAGUCUUUUUCUUUCUUUUGAGGAGGAGCAUCUUCAGUCCCUCAGUGUUUUGCAGAUGGCUGCUAAUAACCCUACAGAGGAAUGAGGAAGUGUCUGGCAUGUCUGGUUUCUACCCUAUACUCAGUUGUUGGGUUUUGCUUUGUGUUUUGGUGGGGUUUUUUUUGUUUGUUUGUUUGGUCAUGGUUCUUGAACUCAUAGUGGGAUCUGGGGAAUGUCUCCUCUUGGGGUCACAGCCUUGACUCCAUAAUAGGCGUGUAUUCAGAAUCAUAGAUUUAUGAUUGUGAUGCACGACACUUCCUCCAGAUGCUGAUCCUGCCUCCAAGAAAUAAUCUAAGAUGUUUUACUUGGCCUCAGGAGAGCACAAACUAGUGCUUCCUUCACAGUCUGCCAUGAGUCAUUUGCUCUGUAGGUGAAAAUGCAUGUCCCAGGAUCCAUCCAAACUGAUCAAGCCCAUGUCUGUGGAGUGCGUGUGCUCAGUGCAUGGCUCUGUGAUUUUUCUGUUCCUGACCGGUUGAGAAACAAACUGGAUGGCAGCGACAUAGGCUGGAAGAAGCGGGCACUUGGCGUCUCUACAUCUACCUAUGGCUGUUAAGCCACAGAGAUUUCUUAGAAGUGUGAUCUUAGAGGAGUUGGUCUAUAGAACAAUUUACGGCUUCUGCGCACUGACAAGGGAAGUAACCCUUGGCUCCUUGUAAAUCCAUACCCUUGGGGCUCCCUGGCCCCUCCCCUACUGCACCAGCCUUCCUUCCUGAGUUUACCAUGUAUCUUAGGAGGUGAGGCCUGGGUGCUGCCAGAGUCUAGAAGGGCUGGGAAGAGGGUUCCUUGAGGACCUUCACAGCCAGCCGCAUCCUCACUCCCAGUAUCUGUCCCGGUGCAUCUGCCUGGCUGAAGUCUGCAGAGAUCGCUCAUGGGGCCAGAGGCAGCCGUGGCCCCAGAUGGGAUGAGCUUCAGCUGGACCAAGUACCAGUCAACAUCUGGCAUAGUUAACGUUUGUGUCGGAAAUGGUGGAUGCACCUCCUUGUCCCCCAAACUGGUUCUUCCUUGAGUCAAAGUGCUGGAGAACCUCAUUGGACACUGGUGUCAGUGGCCCGAGGCAGCCGGGAUGACACUUCUCCCCAGGAACCCUGCUAUCUGCUGAGAAACAUGACCAGCAAAUCCCCUCCUCUGUGCAUGUACCUUGCAGGCUGGAAGUUCCUGGCCAUGCUGGCUCUGGUCCUUGUCGCUGUCAUGGUGUGGUAUUCCAUCUCCCGAGAAGAUAGGUACGUUGAACUCUUUUAUUUUCCCAUCACAGAGAAGAAAGAGCUGUGCUCCCAGGGUGAGGCAGAGAGGCAGGCCUCUAAGAUUUUCGGCAACCAUUCUAGGGAAAAGCCCAUCUUCCUGCAGCUUAAGGAUUAUUUCUGGGUGAAGACACCAUCGGCCUAUGAGUUGCCCUUUGGGACCAAAGGGAGUGAAGACCUUCUUCUCCGGGUGUUGGCCAUCACUAGCUAUUCUGUCCCUGAGAGCAUACAGAGCCUCGAGUGUCGUCGCUGUGUUGUGGUGGGGAACGGGCACCGGUUGCGCAACAGCUCACUGGGAAGUGUCAUCAACAAGUACGAUGUGGUCAUCAGAUUGAACAAUGCUCCUGUGGCUGGUUACGAGGGAGACGUGGGCUCCAAGACCACCAUACGUCUCUUCUACCCUGAGUCGGCCCACUUCGACCCCAAAAUGGAAAACAACCCAGACACACUCUUGGUCCUGGUAGCUUUCAAGGCAAUGGACUUCCACUGGAUUGAGACCAUCUUGAGUGAUAAGAAGCGGGUGCGCAAAGGUUUCUGGAAGCAGCCUCCCCUCAUCUGGGAUGUCAACCCCAAACAGAUUCGGAUUCUCAACCCCUUCUUUAUGGAGAUUGCAGCGGACAAGCUCCUGGGCCUGCCCAUACAGCAGCCUCGAAAGAUCAAGCAGAAGCCAACCACAGGUCUGCUAGCCAUCACCUUGGCCCUACACCUCUGCGACUUAGUGCACAUCGCUGGCUUCGGCUACCCGGACGCCUACAACAAGAAACAGACCAUCCACUACUACGAACAGAUCACUCUGAAGUCUAUGGCGGGGUCAGGGCACAAUGUCUCCCAAGAGGCUGUAGCCAUCAAGCGGAUGCUAGAGAUGGGAGCCGUCAGGAACCUCACCUACUUCUGACUUGGAUGAAAGCUGUAACACGCCAGUUCCCUACGCUGCCAUGGGAGUGGCCCCUGUCUAGGGCUUCUGGAUGCCUGGUGCCAGUACAACUCACUUGAACUCACCCUCAGUGGGGAGGGUGUCCUGGGACUGGUCAGGUCUCAGGAGAGGCUGUGUCUCUGAUUCCUCUGGUGGAGUCCACCUCCAGACAGGGUGGACACACUGAGGCUACAGGAGCCUGGCCAAGGGAGGGGGGGGCUUGCUGCUGUGGCAUCCCCUCUCUGCCAGCACAAAGAGGUUUUGUUUGUUCUGGGGGCUCCUUUUUUUUAAAUUUUGUUUGUUUGUUUGGGUUUUUGUUAUUGUUGUUGUUGUUGUUGCUUGUUUGUUUGUUCUUUUGUUCUGUUUUUGAGACAGGGUCUGACUGUGUAGCCCUGGCUUAUCUGGAACUCACUAUGUAGACCAGGCUGGCCUUGAACUCACAGAGAUCCACCUGCCUCUGCCUCCCAAGUGUUGGGAUUAAAGGUGUGUGCGAACACGCCUGGCCCCAGCAACAAGAGAUUAUUUAACGUGCUAUUUAAUUAAGGAGAAGAAAAAUGCAAUGGGCUGGUCCCGUGGCAUUCACAGAAGGGACACAACACAGUGUUCUGCCCACUUUUUAAUAAGAUUUACAGAAAAUUGGCCUGUUAAGGCCCUGACCUAGAGCUGGCCUCCCGGGAGGAUGGAGGCAGUGAGUGGGAGGCUGUCCUCCAGAGAGGGUUUGCUACCUCCCAGCAGGCAUGGGAAGGGCAUUGACAAGGGGGCUCCAUCUAGAAGGGGCCUCACCUGAAAAAGAGAUUACAAAAGACCAAUAAAAUAUUUUUUUUCCUAAAAUGGAA